GCCCGGCUCUAGGAUGAAGUUCAAGCCCAACCAGACGCGGACGUACGACCGCGAGGGCUUCAAGAAGCGGGCGGCCUGCCUGUGCUUCCGCAGCGAGCAGGAGGACGAGGUGCUGUUGGUGAGUAGCAGUCGGUACCCAGACCAAUGGAUUGUCCCAGGAGGAGGGAUGGAGCCAGAGGAGGAGCCCGGCGGUGCUGCUGUGAGGGAAGUAUAUGAAGAGGCUGGAGUCAAAGGAAAAUUAGGCAGACUCCUGGGAAUAUUCGAGCAGAAUCAAGACCGGAAGCAUAGAACAUAUGUUUAUGUUCUGACCGUCACUGAAAUAUUGGAAGACUGGGAAGAUUCUGUGAAUAUAGGAAGGAAGAGAGAGUGGUUCAAAGUAGAAGAUGCAAUCAAGGUUCUGCAGUGUCAUAAGCCUGUCCACGCAGAGUACCUGGAAAAACUAAAGCUGGGGUGUUCUCCAACCAAUGGGAACCCCACCGUCUCUUCCCUCCCAGACAGCAAUGCCUUGUUUGUGACCGCUGCACAGCCCUCUGGGGUGCCGUCCAGUGUAAGAUAGAGCUGGGGACCCUUCCCCCACCGUGUCGUGUCAUGAUGUCACAGGGAGAGGCUUUUACUUUGCUUCUAACACAUCUGACUGCUGCUGGCAAACUCUGAAUUUGCCAUGCAGGGAUUUCAAAUAAUUUGCAUGUGUUUCAGAUGCUUUCAAGUCUUUUAAAACAAACAAAAUAGCAUAAAAAUAAUUUAAGGUGCCAAAGCCAUGUGGGAUUUUUUUAGAGCCUUAAUUAUAACCCUUCCACCCGAUUACUUUGGUUUUCAUUUUUUAUCCCCGCCCCCCAACACACACACACACACACACA